CUUGCCGUGUCUUAAAAAGUUAAACCCUUUUCUCCUCUCUCGGGGUCUCCCCCGCCAUCUUUGAAGAGCGCCAGACUUAGAGGCGCUUCUCUCCCGUUUGGCGGCUGCGCAGUGGAAAACGAGCGAAUUUCAACGAGCAUGGCGGGUAGUUUUCUCCGCACUGAUUCGCAGUUGAUCGUUGCAGAACUUAAGCGAAAGGACAGGCUGCUGAAGCUCAAGCGAAGGUGGCUGAUAGGAGCGCCAUUGUCAAAUCUAAACUGGAGAGACUUUUAAAUAACGAGUGCCUGCCUGAGUCUAUGCUUAGGGAAGAUGAUGUAUUUUAUGAUAGUGUUAAAACGUUUGUUGAACAAGCAUUUGGAGUACACCAUGUUGAAAGAGAGGUCAAAACAACUUGUCAGUUUCUCAACGUGAACAACAUCGAAGGCAUCUUGUUGUCUUGUCUUGAUUCUUUGACCAGUAAAGGAAACUAAGAGGGUUACCGGCAGAAUUACCUUGUUUGCGGAAAAGGAGACAUGGUUGGAGUCGAGAUACCCUGAUUUGUAAGGUUAAGAGAACCAUUAGGAAGAUGCUAUCAGAACUUGUUGGGAGUGGAAGGCAUAGCUUCCAGGAACCUUUAACCAUGGCCCUAGCAGUUGCGGGUUUAUCGCUAAAGCUGAAAAGAUGUCCUGGUUCUUGCAUGACUGACUUCAUUAAAUUUUCACCAGAAAUAGAACUGUUACAGACAGAAAUCAUAAAGGCUAUUUGGUUACUGGAAACGAAGGUCAGAAUGCCAGAGCUUCAAGCCUUGCAACAUCUGUUGGAUCCAUGUGCUAAUAUCCCAGCACGGUCUUUACGAACAGCAAUGAAGAAAUUAUUCACCGAGUAUCUUUUUGACUGCAAUGAGUUUGACUCCAUUCCCAAGGGGUUUCUGAAAGCUAUAAAUCUUAUCAAUAGGAGCUCUCGAGUUUCACCCGAUGGCUACUUGUUGACCCAUGUUAUUGAAGAGGAGGCAGAAUCUAUCAUAAGUGUAAGUUCUGAUAUAAAGCAACUUGUUUGGGAUUUAAUUCCUGGCUAUGGGCUUGCUGAGAAUUUUGGUGAUGCAUAUACGGAAGAGCCAUGUGGAAGUGAAGAUGAUGAUUGUGGUGAUGUGUCUCCCAAGCAGCAAGAAUUCGACUCCCCAAGUUUCAGAUUUGGUUCUAUGUACUCAGAGAACGAUGAAGAGAGCUUUGCAGAAUAUACACCUUUAGACGUUGAGCUAGACAUACCUAACCCUGAUCAGGAAGGUCAGAGUCUUCCUAGUACACAUAAUGACUGCAAGAUUGGCAACCCUUCUCUCAGCAUGGUUUUAAAAGUCGAGUGUGAUAUGAAAGCUGCUGAAUCUUAUCAGAGUAAUGCAAAUAGUCUAAGAAACGCAUCAGGUUUCCACGAAUUAAACCUUUGCUCUAGAGGGGAAGAAUCUGGUCCUAGCAAUCAGACUCUUUGUAACAAUUUGUACCUUGAUGUCCAAGAAGCUUCCGAUGAGACAAGUUUAGUAGCCUACAAUCUCAUUGGUGCUCUAUUAGCAGAGUUCACAUUAGAAGACAGGCUUGAUCUAGAUUAUACAGAUGGAUAUCUGAGAGGCAACUAUUCAUAUCAACGGGAUGCAGAAGCAGGAAAGACCUCUCCUAAGGAACAAGCAGCUGAUUCUUUAGUUGUUGAAGUGGUUGAAGAGCUAAUACCUUCCUUCCCCAGGAGUGGAGUGGAAAAACUGAAGGAGCUUAUGGGCACUUGAAAAUUGUUUGGUAGAGUCCGGAGCAGCUCAGAAUCAUAUCCCAGUAUUCUAGCUAUGUUGAUGAAGCUCAUCUCCUUUUGCCGAUAUGUGCAUGGUUAGGAAUGACAGGAAGGGAGUUGAAGGCUUGCAGAUUAGGAAUGACAGGAAAUGGGUAUCUGUCAAGCUCCUUCCCAAUGCGUUUGUGGUCAACGUUGGUGAUAUUCUUGAGAUCAUAACCAAUGGGGUGCUCCAGAGCAUCGAGCAUCAGGCGACAGUGGACUAGGACAAGGAGAUGCUGUCGGUUGCUUGUUUCCAUUCUAGGUCUUAGGUUUGAUCAGGGAAAUUGGCUCUGCACCGAGCUUGGUGUCUGGAGACACUCUGCCAUUGUUCAGGAAUGUAAUCGAUAAGGAAUUCCUUGAUGGAUUAUUCUCUCGCGAGCUUCAGGUGAAGUCUUACCUCGAUACCUUGGAGGAUCUGAUGAGUUCUGGAAAAUGCCCUACGAAACGCUUCUUUUGGGCUUGCUUGCUGCUUGUUCUUUUCUAGGUCAGUACUGGCUGUAUUUGUACAUGAGCAGCAGAAAUGGAACUUCUGUUUAUUUGGUUUGCAUAAUGUUAGGGUAAAAUUCAUGGGAUGCCACAAUCAAACAUAUCC